AUGGCAUCCAGGGGAUACAGCGCUACUUUAGCAGACGCGAAAAACCUUUACGACGACAUAUUUAGAAACUACAGCGCAGAUUACAGGCCAAGCCGGAACCAGAGUAAAAAUGUCGUCAUCACUCUACAACGUCGACCGACAUUCUAUGUUCAGACCAUUAUUCUCCCAAUCAUGGUACUAUCGUUCCUGAAUGUCAUGACGUUCUGGUUGCCGGAUGACUCCGGUGAAAAGAUAUCAUUUGCUACUUCAGUCUUAUUAUCCUUGACGGUGUUUUUGAGUAUAACAAGUGGUCUGCUUCCUCAAACUUCAGACAAACCCGUUUUUAUAACCAUCUAUAUUUCUGUGUUGCUGGGGAUGAGUGGUCUCACCGUUCUGGUCGCCAUCUUGUUACACACGGUGUGUAAACUAUGUUUGUCUAACAUUACAAAACACAAUCGACAUUUGACCCGAUUACACGGAAUAAUUGUGAGAGUUCUGAUCUUAAAGUAGCCCGUGUUUGUGUUGUUUACUAAU